AUGGAUUGGCUAUCCGAAAAUCAAGCUGAAAUUGUCUGUUCAGAGAAGGUUAUCUGGAUUCCUCAGGAUGGAAAUGACCUAAUAGAGAUUCAAGGAGACAAGUCGGAUCGAAAAAUUAAGUUAGUGUCUUGCAUAAAAAUGCAAAAGUACUUGAGGAAGGAGUAUGUCGUAUUCCUGGUGCAUGUUGUUGAUAGGAAGGGCAAGGAAGAAGAUAUCGGCGAGGUCCCUAUAGUUCGGGAGUUUUCCGACGUAUUUCCCAAGGAUUUACUAGGGUUACCCCCGCAAAGAGAAGUUGAAUUCGGUAUCGACUUGAUCCCUGGGGCUGCCCCAGUGGCAAAGGCACCAUAUCGUUUGACACCUGCGGAGAUGCAAAAAAUGCCAAAACAACUCCAGGAGUUUGAGCGGGUUUCACUUUGCUGUGAAUGGUUUAGACUUCAUAAUGAGCGGAUAAGUGACCGGAGAGUUGAGCGAUUUAAGAUUGAGAGAUAUCCUAAAGAAGGAGGAUCAAGAUAUGAGAGUUCAGAUUAUUGA